AGUCGUAAUUUGUUGUAUUGGUGCCGUGCGUCAUUCGUAUCUGUAUUCUGUAGUUAUUAUUGCCUGUCGAACAACCCCGUCCCGCGGCUCAUCCAAGAAUCGUAUCUUUACCGAAAUACCGACAGAUCAUCUUCCUCCGUCUUAAACGUGAGAGUUUCUUCUAUAUUUUAUACUUUUUAAGUGAAAAUUGUUUGACAUUGUUGUACAUCGCCGUCGUCGGUAGCAUUCUUCUCGACGUUCAAAAACAAGCUUACUUAUCGCGUUAUUCAUAUUAACGCCGUUAUCACGUCGGGUGUGUUAAGUGGUAAGAUUUUUAAAGAAAAUUCGCGAUUAUAAGAAAACAUUCGGGCUCUCACACGUACACUGUCGCGCGCGCACGCUCAGGCACUUGCCAACGUGAGAUAAUAUUACGUCGUGAUUAGUAGUAAUAACCUAGCGCGUGUGGUUUUUAUUAUUAAUUAUUGCUUGUCACUUCGUCAGUGUGAUACCAAAUCGUGUCGUUGUCGUUUUGCGUUUGCGUAUUAGCUUGCUCCGUGUGACGUAAUCGGCCGAGCAUUUUCUCUACGCCUCCACUGACACGGUUUCAUAUACAUCCGUUGUCGUAUUGAAUUUUUCUUCCUAUCCCAUCUGGAUUUCUGGCUGGACAAGACUACCGACGACGAUCAUGUCGUUGAACACUGCUCACGUUCAAGGCGGUGGUUGCCUAAUACAUGCUGGUGAAUGCAUUAUUUUGUUUACUGAUGCUGUUACGAUUGACUUUCACGGUCAGGAUGGUAGAGCAUUUCAUGGUUCAAAAGUGGGAAAACUGUUUUUAACUACUCAUCGUUUGAUUUUCAUCAACAAAUCUGACAAAGAUGAGCUUUUAUCAUUUAGUAUGCCUUUUGUUACUCUUAAAGACGUGGAAUUAGAACAACCAGUAUUUGGUUCAAAUUAUAUAAAAGGUAAAGUACGUGCUCAACCUAAUGGAAAUUGGGUUGGUGAAGCAAAAUUCAAAUUGAUAUUUAAGAAAGGAGGUGCUAUUGAUUUUGGAAGAGCUAUGUUAAGAGCUGCAUCAAUGGCUAAUAGUAACUAUCCUCAAAUGGAUAAUCCACCACCCUAUGCACCACCUGAAGGUCCAUACUAUAUGGCUGAUGUUCCAUAUGGUGUACCUCCUCCUGGCUACUAUGGAUGGAUGCCUUCAACUGCAGCUUUUCCAGAUGCACCACCUCCUCAAUCUGUGUAUAUAACCGAUAUGCCUCCACCAUAUCCAGGCAUUAUUGGUUUCACUGGCAAUCCAGGUUAUGCAAGCGCUCCACCUGCACAAACAGCUCCUCCUCCACAACUUUUUAAUGGACAAGAUGCAAAAGCAGCAGAAGCAGCACAAAGUGCAUACUUUGAUCCCAACCGACCACAAAUGGCUUAUGUUCCACCACCAUCAUACUAUGAACUUCCGCCACCUUACAAAGAAUCUGAAAAUAAGAAGAAUGAUUAAAAUCAC